GUAUAUAUGAUUCAAUGUGAGAUCUUCGUGAUCUCUGUGAUCAAAGUCAUUUGUACAUUUCAGAGCAGGUAGAUGGUAAGCUCCAGCAGGCGUCGCAGCUGUGCUCUGGUUAACACUCCAGCACCAUGUGUGAACAAAGCAGUAUGUCAUAUCCAGGAACAGAAGUCCAAACUGGAAAACUGGGACCAACAGGGUGAUAAUGCUCAGCAUGAAACUGCACAUGAAAACAACCACAGUAUCACUUGGAAAUGUAUUUCUGCUGAUGGCAAAAAUGCAGAGCUGUAUAUUGAAGGCAUGGGGCUUAAUGUACAAGGCAGUGGAGUGUUGACGUCUCUCUGGACGGAGACCACAGAUGUCCUGAUGGAGGUGAUGAGUUUGAUCGAGCGUCUUGAGCUGGACCGCAGAGAGACAGAGAAGGCUCUACAGGAAGAAAAGGAGAAAGCAAAGUUUCAGAGCAAAUUUUCAGAGAAACUGAAGUGCAGUGCAGAAAGGAGAGACUGGAUAUUGAUUACCACAUGCAAUUUAUGUUCAAACAGUUUUUUCCAUUUCGCAUCUGUCUGUCUCAUAUUUCCACUGUCAGAGCAUGAAGCCUGCAACACAGACAUCGCCGAACUGACAUGGCAACUGAAAAUAAGGAGAGAUCAGCUGCCGCAGGUGAGAGACAGACUGACCCACACGGAGGUGCUGAACCAACGUCUGAAGGAGGAUAUCGAUUUUAUGAGGAAACACGGGCCGCUUGUGCACGAGAGACUCCAGCUGGAGAGUGAAAUCAUGAAGCAGAUCCGAACAGCACAAAGUGAGGUGUUUACUUUGAAACCUGUUUGUUGGCUUGCCAGGGAGACGCUUUCAAACACCUCUCAGAAGCUAAAGAGUCUUCAGGAGUUUAAAAAUGAGGAAUUCAGAACAGACCUUAGGAAAAGAGAAAUGAACAAAGGCAUGGAAACAAUCAGAAAUCAUCUGAGUGACAAGCAUUUGAGCGAGAAGCAGUGGAAACCGGUCAAAGCCGAGUUUGACCAGGUGUCUGCUGUACACUCAAACACCAAAGCCGAGCUGGACAGUCUAGAGCGCCAAACCUUUCUGGAGGAGCCGAAGAACACGACUAUAGUCACUUUUGAGGCAGCUGAAUUUCAUCGUGAACAAACAGACUGCGAGAGGGUGAAAGGUGAGCUGCAGAAAAAGUAUGAAGACGCUUUGUCUACAAUCACUCAGCUGGAGACUGAGACAAUUGAAAACUUAAAAGCAAAACUAAGUGACAUGCACACUGAACACAGAAACCUCUCUGCUGAUUUUGAGGAGAACAAGAAACACUAUCAGGAAUGUUUGAAUUCUGUGAAGCAAAGCCUUAGUGUGAUGUUAUUGAGGGGUUUGUCAAACACUAUGGCGUUCAAACAUGGGACAGCCACAGUAGUGAUGGGUAAUGUGCACAGGGAUAUAGCUUCCUGUGAACAGAGGAAGUCUCAUCACGCACAGAUUCACUCAGCACUGUUCACUCAACGCCAGGCUGUCAUGAAGGACACAGAGGGUAAUCUACAGGAAGCCCUAAAAGCCAAUCUGAGGUUAUCUCAAGAGUACAGAGAGCUGCAGAAAGCUCUGAUGAUUGCCAGUCAAGAAGCCGUUUGUGUUUUUAUAAGAAACAGAGCAGAGGCCUUCAUCCAAGAUCACAAGCAGCUUUCUUUGUUGCAGAAGAGGAUGCACAAAGCCAUGCUAAAAUACUUCAAACACCGCAGCGUCUACAGCAAGGCAGAGCUGGCCCGCUUCCAGACCCUCUCCAACCAGAACAACCAGAAAAUGAAAGCCCUCCAGGAGGAGUUGUCAAACGCAAUCCAGCGCCUCUCUCAGUUCCUGCUCUCGCUGACAGAUGACUCAACUACCAGCCAUGUCCCGCAGCAAGCAAACAGACCCAUCGCAGAUGCCGAUGGAUGGAGCAGGAAGAUGCAUACAGUUCAGAUAGCGGCGUAAUUGGACGCUCACCUGCACCAGACAACUUACUUAAACCCCCAGCAUGCUUCACUCUCUCCCCUGUCCGACGCUCACGGCCCAAUCCAUAACAAUGAAGCAGGUGACUUUCAUGCUACUGUCAGGAAUGAUCUAAUUUUAGCGGGGUGAAUGAUUGCAAUUGGCUUUGCCUCAUCAGAUAAUUAAUCUAUGUCACCAUUAAUUGGAAAAGAGAAUAAUUAGGGGGCUGUGUUGACAGAAAUUCUACGCUUCUCUAGAUUCUUGGAUCUAAUUACACCUACUUAAACCCCUCUGACCUUAACUAGCAGAUAGUAUACCUGUGUAACCCUAACCAGGCUGGGGUUGGUCUCGACCGCCUCUCGCUCUGCGUCCUUUGUCAUUUUUUUCCUCCUUUCUGGCUUGUUUAUCCUCUCUUUUCCUGUCUCCUCAGAGAGCUGUCUCCCUCAAUCACUUUUCAAUAUUCAAUCUUAAUUUUGUGGAAGUUUAUCA